ACACACACUCGCCCAGAUCCGGCCAAUUAGCGGCUCCAGAGAGAGGGGAUUUAUCUGUGUAAGUCCCUGUGUCACAGGCACAACUCUAAGUCCGAGGAUUAUCCAGCACUUGUCAUCCAGCAGAGCGACCCCUGAAUGUCACAUCCCCUGGGUCAGUAGCCCAACUUGCCCGGCCGUUGUGGAAGGACCAGUAGCCAUGCCUCUGAGCCGCUCCCUGUCUGUCUCCUCUCUCAAUGGCCUCCCCCUGUGGCAGGAUGAAGAUUUGCCCCUACAGGACCUGCUGCUCUUCGAGGUGGCCUGGGAGGUCACUAACAAAGUGGGGGGAAUUUACACCGUUAUCCAGACCAAAGCCAAGGUGACGGCGGACGAGUGGGGGGACAAUUACUUCCUGAUGGGGCCCUACAUGGAGCACAACGUCAGGACUCAGGUGGAGAUUUGUGACCCCCCCAACGGCCACAUCCGAAAAGCCAUCGAUGUCCUGCAGUCCCAGGGGUGUCAGGUGUAUUUCGGGAGGUGGCUGAUUGAAGGAAACCCAUAUGUGGUUCUGUUUGACAUUGGGUCGGCGGCCUGGAAUUUGGACAGGUGGAAAGGGGAAUUCUGGGACUGCUGCACCGUGGGGAUUCCCUACAAUGACCGGGAAGCCAAUGACGCCCUCAUAUUUGGAUCUCUCACCGCCUGGUUCCUAAAAGAGCUGACAGACCAGUUUCAAGACAAACCCGGUGUCAUUGCCCAUUUCCAUGAGUGGCAAGCGGGGGCUGGGCUAGUUCUCUGCCGAAACCAGAAGCUUCCAGUGGCCACUAUAUUCACCACCCAUGCCACCCUGCUGGGCCGCUACCUCUGCGCUGCUAAUGUCGAUUUCUACAAUCAACUGGACCAGUUUGAUAUAGACCGGGAGGCGGGGGAUCGAGAGAUCUAUCACAGAUAUUGCAUGGAAAGGGCGGCAGUUCAUUGUGCCCACGUAUUCACUACUGUAUCACAGAUCACGGGCAUCGAGGCAGAGCACAUGCUGAAACGAAAACCAGACGUCAUUACCCCCAACGGCUUAAAUAUUAAAAAAUUCUCCGCGACGCACGAAUUCCAGAAUCUGCACGCCAUGUACAAAGCCCAAAUCCAGGAGUUUGUCCGAGGCCACUUCUAUGGGCACCUGGACUUCAGUCUGGAAAAGACGCUUUUCUUUUUCAUCGCCGGGCGCUACGAGUAUACGAACAAGGGGGCAGACAUAUUCCUGGAGGCGCUGUCCCGCCUCAACUUCCUACUCAGGGUGCACAGAAGUGAUGUCACAGUGGUGGUGUUUUUCAUCAUGCCGACCAAGACAAACAACUUCAAUGUGGAGACGUUAAAGGGACAGGCGGUCAGAAAGCAACUCUGGGAUACGGCCCAUUCGGUGAAAGAGAAGUUUGGGAAGAAGUUGUACGAGGCGCUACUCAAAGGAGAAAUCCCAGAUCUAAAUAAGAUUCUGGAUCGAGAUGAUGUGACCAUUAUGAAAAGAGCCAUUUUUGCUACUCAGCGCCAGUCUCUGCCCCCAAUCACAACCCACAAUAUGGUCGAUGACUCCACAGACCCCAUACUCAAUACUGUCAGGCGCAUCGGACUCUUCAACAGCAGAACCGACAGAGUAAAGAUCAUCGUCCAUCCAGAAUUCCUCUCCUCCACAAGUCCCCUUUUGCCCCUGGACUAUGAAGAGUUUGUACGAGGUUGCCACUUAGGGGUAUUCCCUUCAUAUUACGAGCCAUGGGGAUAUACUCCAGCCGAAUGCACCGUGAUGGGAAUCCCAAGCGUCACCACCAAUCUCUCCGGCUUUGGCUGCUUUAUGCAGGAACACGUGGCAGAUCCCACUGCCUAUGGAGUUUACAUCACGGACAGGCGGUUCCGUUCCCCAGAUGAAUCCUGUAACCAACUGACCCAGCUCCUGUACGGAUUCUGCCAGCAGUCUCGGCGCCAGAGGAUCAUCCAGAGGAACCGGACAGAACGACUCUCAGAUCUGCUGGACUGGAGAUACCUGGGGCGGUUCUACAAACACGCUCGACACUUGGCUCUGUGCCGCAUGUUUCCUGACAAGUUCCAGAUGGAGCCCAGCGCCCCCCCAAAGACUGAGGGGUUCCGCUACCCCAGACCUUCCUCUGUGCCCCCUUCUCCUGCUGUCUCUCAGCCCUCCAGUCCACAUGACAGUGAAGAGGAAGAUGAUGAAGAAAGGUACGAUGAAGAUGAAGAAGCAGAAAGAGAUCGGCAGAACAUCAAAUCAACCUUUUCUUUUGGUCCUUUGUCCCGGGGGAAGAAGAAGAAACACGGGGAAAACAGAAACUGAUGGACAAAUGGGUGAAAGACUCUGAGACUAGUGAUUAGGAAUCUUCUGGGCUAUAAUUUCACCUCUUGUGGGGGGAGUACAGGGUAGUUCACCUAAAAAUAAAUGUUUAUUUUAGAGCAGAGAGGAGCAUUUUGAUUCAAUCUCUAAAGUAUAAAACAAAGACUGGACUGAGAAGCAGUUUCAGAAUUGACUACAAAGAGGCAGAAGAAGGUGUUAUACUUAAUAAUGGCAAAAUAUAAACACGGGAACCAACCAAAAAGGUCCAUGUAAAAAACAGUUAAUUUUAAGGUGAGUGUCCCCUUUAAACAUUACUUUAAAAACUCCAUUUGAUACUGUUCCAGUGUGAAUGUGUGGUACAGUGUAAUAAAAACUGGCAAAUAUUCCACCCA